AUGUCAGACGAAGAGCUUCCACCACAUUUACAAGAACAAGGAGAAUUAGAUAAUCCAUUAAGAGCAAUAAUAGUAGUUAAUUCUGCUGACAGUCCUGAGGGUGAUAUGGAAGAAGCCUUAUUGGACAGUGUUCAAAGUUUUGAUGACAUGAAUGAAUUUUUCGAUAAAUUCGAUGAAAAAAUCGCCAUCCCUAACGAGGAUCAUAUCAAAUAUGAGGUUGGAAGUGACGGACUUGUUGUAAUUGUUGUCGACUCGGUUUCGUUGAGAGAUAAGGCGUUAAAAUUCAUGGAAGACUACAGCAUCAAGAAUGAGGGCAAGACCUCAGAAGACGAUGAAAAUGAUCAAUCAGCAAAGAAGAAAAAGAAGUCUGAAGCUUGA